CGAAGAACCAAAAAGUGAAGGAAAUUUGGUUAGGCAUACACGAUCCGAACGAUCAAGAGGAAUGUUCUUCGUCGUCCGAGGAAAGUGGCUCCUCAGAAGAAACUGGCUCAGGUGGGGAAGGAGAUAGUGAUCGCGACAGUGAUUCGGAUGACGGGCCGAAGCCAUUAUGUGAAGUGAUGUUUUCUCACAAGCGCGUGUACUAAAUGUAGACUCUACAACUAACAACAACAGUAGUGACGAGUGAACUGUCUGCUCUCACAGCAGGGCUUGCUAUAUUACUAGAACCUAACAACAAGAGUAGACGAGUGAACUGUCUGCUCUCACAGCAGGGCUUGCUCUAUUAUUACUUUUUUAUUUCCUGAACUCUAGAACUUUAGCUCCUUCGAAGCUCCCUCUACUAAAGACUGCACCAGCUACUUCUGCAUUGACGAAAGCGAGGAACUCGACUGCUGCGCCGCCAGGGAAGAGGAGUAGCCAUGUCCUGGGUGGACUUUCUGUUAUGAUGCUAUGAUGAGUCUUUGCUACUCUUUCUCAUCCGCUCACAGCUUUUUUACGUCCUAGAAGUAGGAGUCCUUGUUCCGCCUGCUGCCACCUUCUAAUUCAAUCCCACCUGCCGGCAAGAGUCCUUCUUCAAAUACGUCUUCGAGUAAGAAAAAGAAGGGCGCAAAGAAGCGGCGAAGAGCCUUGCGGCUGGCGCAUUAUAUGACAGUAGUGUCCCCAAAAAGCAUGAACAUGGAUCGGCUUCAGAUGCGUGGUCGGUCUGGAAGCACGAGACGAAGACGGAGUAGUUAG